CCAGUUCCAGGUAGCGUCGAUGAUCAUCCAGGAUCUGUCAAGACUCAAGAGGCACUGUCGCAGCAGCUAUCCAGGGCGCAAACCUACUCAUUGUGUUGCGUACUAGCAACAUUGAUCGCUCGAAAGCUUGGGGCUGCUAUCGCUCGAAAGCUUGGGGCUGCUAUCAGUGCGUGGGUGAUCUGCGCGAGUGCGUGCAACUUGACGGUGAUUUGUAUCACCGGCCUCACCGAUGGACUGUGGCUGAGAUCAUUGCAAGCUCAAGGUGAUGGAUAUCUACUCAAGCCUGAGCUUUGGGGAUACCACGAAGGAUCUACAGCUGCUUUUCGACAUAACCGCCCUCUCUCACGCAUCCAUUUGGAUGCGCCCAGUCUCAAGCGCUUACACGGAAGUCAUUGCGGCCGUAGCUCCGACAGAGUUGGAGCAUGUCCAUAUGUUCGUAGCUUCGACGACAGAGUUGGAGCGUGUCCAUAUGCUCAGCAUAUCUGGGUUUGAUCCAGCAGAUGUUUUGAUUAUUGAGGGAGAGUGGCUCUCCUUUUCUCUCAUGGAGAGAUUUACAAGACUCCGGUCUCCUGUUUUCAAGGACUCCAAGAAUGGUGUUUACUCCAACUGCCAUCACCUAAAGAAGCUUGGCGUGCUCGAGAUGAAGAUCCUUGGGAUCCAGCAGAGAAAUGGCAGCGCUAUCAUAAAUGUGAUCGAAGAGUUGAUGAAGCGGUGCCCAUUGUUAAAGUUCGUGGGUUCGAGCGCCGCGCCAAGGGAAGGAUUGGAUCCCCAGCGCGCGCAGCGUAGGUUCGAGCUGGAGCGAGAUUUCCAGAUAAAGCUUGCUAGCUUGGAAGCCCGCUAUAGUGCUCGUUUCUGCCUUGACAUUGAUCUAUGA